UGUGGAACGGAGAAGGUGGGGAAAAGGAUGUUGACGCCCGACAGAAGAGUAGCAUCAAGAGAAAAAACUCUGAGAGAGGCACAGAGAACUCACAACAGACCUCGAACGGUGUCGGAAGUGCAGAAGAGGGUGACGCGUCUGUUAUCCCGAGAGCAACGGAAGAGGAAGAGGCUGGCAGAGUUGGGUCUAGACUACCAGUUCACUGGUUACCGCAGACUAUGUGACACUACCGCUACUGCAAAGACCUCGACCCACAUUAUCUUCGCUGACGAGGGGGCAGAAGAGGAGGAGGAUGAGGGGAGUGAGAAGGAACUAAUCAUUGAAGGGGCAGAGAGUGAAUGAAAGAAUUUUUUCAAUAUCACCAUAAUUAUUUACAUUUGUACAGAAUUGAUUUUUAUUAAAGGGGUGGGCGGAUGUAUCAACGG